CCCGGGCCUGCGCGCCCGCGGAGGGGCGCGGGAGGCGUCUGGGGCCUCGGGACGAAACGCCGGCGGGCGACCGGGCACCCGGACGCCGGUGGAAUCUCCGGAUGAGCCGGGGCCCAGCCAGUGCCCUCUUCCCGGACCCGCCUCCGCUGUCCCCUGUCCUGCUGAGCUCUCGAGGCUGGGCGCCUACCAGCUUGAUAGAGGACCCCAAGGCCCAAAGCCCUGCGGGCUUGGAAGUCCUUGGCGGGUGCUUUUCUAGGCUGAACCCCAGGAGAAGGCGGCCGGCUGGGCUGCGAAGCCGGGAAGGAGCGGGAAGCCUCAGGCGCCAUCUCACUUUAAUCACCGGCUUGGCAGGGGUCUCUGUGGGUUGAACUAGGACUGGAUCUGUUUCUUCAGGACUUGAACCUUACCCGGGACCCCAGAGUUCAUGCGGGCGAAUCCCCAUUGUUACAAACGGCUCAGCCAUUGACAAGCGGUCGGGGGAGAAGGUGGCCAUCAAGAAGCUGAGCCGGCCCUUCCAGUCUGAGAUCUUUGCCAAGCGUGCCUACCGGGAGCUGAUGCUGCUGAAACACAUGCAGCAUGAGAAUGUCAUCGGGCUCCUGGAUGUCUUCACCCCAGCCUCUUCCCUGCGUAACUUCCACGACUUCUACCUGGUGAUGCCCUUCAUGCAGACAGACCUGCAGAAGAUCAUGGGGAUGGAGUUCAGUGAGGACAAGAUCCAGUACCUGGUGUAUCAGAUGCUCAAGGGUCUAAAGUACAUCCACUCCGCUGGGGUGGUCCACAGGGACCUGAAGCCAGGCAACCUCGCUGUGAAUGAGGACUGCGAGCUGAAGAUCUUGGAUUUUGGGCUGGCUCGGCCUGCAGAUGCAGAGAUGACUGGCUACGUGGUGACCCGCUGGUACCGGGCCCCUGAGGUGAUCCUCAGCUGGAUGCACUACAACCAGACUGUGGACAUCUGGUCUGUGGGCUGUAUCAUGGCAGAGAUGCUAACUGGGAAAACUCUAUUCAAGGGGAAAGACUACCUGGACCAACUGACCCAGAUCCUGAAGGUGACCGGGGUGCCAGGCACCGAGUUUGUGCAGAAGCUGAAAGACAAAGCAGCCAAAUCCUACAUCCAGUCCCUGCCACAGAGCCCUAAGAAGGAUUUCUCUCAGCUCUUCCCGCGUGCCAGCCCCCAGGCUACAGACCUGCUGGAGAAGAUGCUAGAACUGGACGUGGACAAGCGCCUGACAGCCUCGCAGGCGCUCACCCACCCCUUCUUUGAACCCUUCCGGGACCCCGAGGAGGAGACAGAGGCCCAGCAGCCACUUGAUGAUUCCUUAGAGCAUGAGAAACUCACAGUGGAUGAAUGGAAGCAGCACAUCUACAAGGAGAUUGCGAACUUCAGCCCCAUUGCCCGGAAGGACUCGAGGCGCCGGAGCGGCAUGAAGUUGCAGUGACCUGUCGAGCCCCACCCUCAGCUGAGCCCAGGAACCACCACAUGGCACCACCUGCCAGCCGCUGCCCCUGGGACCCCUAUUUAUUUGUCACUACUAGUGUUUCCACGUGGACUGCAGCCUUCCAAGUGGAGGAAGAGGGCUGUUGUUCUGGUGUAGGAAACAGGCCUCAUAGAUACAGAGAGUGGUUGGUUGGGAGAAAACGGCUCUGAUCAUAACUGGCCUCAUUAAAGCACCCUUCUGGAGAACUGCCUAUGUGAGGGGUCCUGCCCUUCUUGGGGCUGAGGGGUGGGCCGAACCAGGGCAGGGGGCUAGGGCAAUGCUGAUGUAUGAGUGUGCUAGGGUUGCAUCAUAAAUUACCACGAACUGGGUGGCUUAAAAUAA